AUGUGUGUUUGCACCCAGGGACUAGGAGGAGCGACGCCCUCCACUUCGUCGCUUCAGCCCACACGCGAUAUGAGCGACGUGGCAUCUGCCGGCGGCUUUGCGCCUGCCUCUGGGUCCGCUGCCUCGCCACUUCAGGAGGCGGGACCUAGUGCACGUCGUGUGUCGUACUGGGCCCCUUCCAAGUACUUGGAAGCCCCUUCCCUUCCUUCACAGGACACGCGCGAAAAGGAGGAAGAGGCUGCGACAGCGACUGCCAUUGCUGUAGGGUACGAAGGCCGACGUGCUCGUCGUUAUGUUCAUCGACGUACGAUCGACUACUGGGGUAGUAUUCCUCUCUAUGCAUACAAACGCGCAUGUUUGGCUACAGGUGGGCGUCGCGACUGGUACUUGCGGCCCAGUCCUCACCAAGUCGUGGACUUGUUGCCUGCGCAUGCCUACCCUGAAUCUGCCACGUCUGUGGCGAGCGUGCUUGUCCACACAUCUACAAACAAGGUCCGAUGUCCUGUCAACAUAGUGCGCUGGCUUCCGGAAGGCCGGCGUCUCUUGACAGGCUCUACGAGUGGCGAGUUUACAUUGUGGAAUGGCUUCACCUUCAACUUUGAGACCAUUCUGCAAGCACAUGACUCGGCAGUGCGUGCGAUGGAAUGGUCCCACUCUGGCUCUUGGCUUAUUUCAGCGGAUCAGAAUGGUCAGAUCAAGUACUUUCAAAGCAAUAUGAACAAUGUACAAGCUUAUACAGGUCAUCGUGAUGCGAUUCGUGGUAUGAGCUUUGCGCCGGAUGACCAGCGAUUUGUAACGGCAUCGGACGAUAGUACGCUCAAGAUCUGGGGCUUCGAUGAGGCGCAAGAAGAAUCUACACUCAAGGGCCACGGCUGGGAAGUCAAGUGUGUGGAAUGGCAUCCGACCCAAGCGCUUCUCGUAUCUGGCAGCAAAGACAAUCUUGUGAAGUUUUGGGACCCGCGUUCAGGCGGUGAGCUUGGUACCUUCCAUGGCCACAAGAAUACCGUGCAGGCGGUGCGCUGGAAUCCGAAUGGCUAUCUGGUCGCUACAGCCUCUCGUGAUCAGUCUAUCAAAAUUUAUGAUACCCGUGCUAUGAAAGAUGUAUACACCUUGCGUGGUCAUGCGAAAGAAGUAUGCAGCUUGGAAUGGCACCCUAUUCAUCAUGACCUACUUGUAUCCGGUGGCUCCGAAGGGUCCAUGCUCUUCUGGUCACUACGAUCUUCCACGCCAGAGACGCCCAUCCAUGUCAUGGAGGCGGCGCACGAAUCCAACGUAUGGAGUGUGCAAUGGCAUCCGUUUGGUCACUUACUGGCCAGUGGGAGCAAUGAUCAUACAACACGGUUCUGGAGCCGCAGUAGGCCUGGUGAGCAGGUGCAAGAGGCCCAUGAUGCGGCGGACGAUCAAUGGAAUGCAGGUGUCGCCUCUGACGUACAAGGUAUGUCGAUUGUCGCUACUUACCUCCUAGACGGUGUGAUCCCUGGUUUGGCACGACGAGACCGAGCCGUUCGUGACCAGCGUUCAGGUACGCCCACCAUGGCAUCGUCGGACGAUGCCAUCCCGGGCCUGGGCGCUCGGUCUUUGUCGCGCCCUGUGCGCCGCGGCGAUCGAUGGCACACCCACACAGGCGGUUGGUAG